AUGUCAAAAGGCCGUGUUUGUCUCGCCUACUCUGGAGGUCUUGAUACCUCCACGAUCCUGAAAUGGCUCAUCCUCGAGGGCUACGAGGUCGUGUGCUUCCUCGCCGAUGUUGGCCAGGUCGAAGACUUUGAUGCCGUCGAGAAGAAGGCCCUUGCUCUCGGUGCUGAGCGUAUGAUUAUCGAGAACCUUCAGAAGGAGUUUGUUGAGCAAAUUGUAUUCCGAGCGAUUCAGUGCAAUGCCAUUUACGAGGACCGAUACCUCCUCGGAACCGCUUUGGCUCGUCCUGUCAUUGCUCGUGCUCAGGUCCGCGUUGCUGAGAAGUACAACUGUGAUCUUCUGAGCCACGGCUGCACAGUUCGUUUCGAGCUCGCCUUCAAGGCCUGCAACCCUUCCAUUAAGAUCAUCGCUCCCUGGCGACUCCCCGAGUUUUGCGAAAAGUUCCAGGGCCGACAAGAUCUCCUCAAGUUCGCCGCUGAGAACAAUAUCCCCGUCUCAUCCACACCUAAGGCUCCAUGGAGUCAGGACGAGAACCUGGUUCAUUGCUCUUACGAGGCAGGCAUUCUUGAGGACCCUGAUCACACUCCUCCUAAGGAUCUUUGGACUCAGACUGUCGACCCUCUUGAGGCCCCUGACAAGCCUUUCGACUUCACUGUCUUUUUUGAGAAGGGCCUGCCCGUCAAGGUUGCUACCCCUGAUCAGGAGGCUACCGACUCAGUUGAGUUGUUCAAGCUUCUCAACAAGAUUGGCCACGACCAUGGAGUUGGCCGAAUUGACAUUGUCGAGAAUCGAUGGAUUGGACUCAAGAGCCGUGGCUGCUACGACACUCCUGGUCUCACCAUUGCUCGUCUAGCUCACGUGGAUCUCGAAGGUCUUGUCCUAGACUCCAAGGUCCGUAAGCUCCGAGACCAGUUUGUGACCAUUGAGUGGUCUCAAUGCCUCUACAACGGCAUGUACUUCUCCCCCGAGCGUGAGUGGCUCGACGAGGCCAUCGUUUCUGCCCAGAAGGGCGUCAACGGCCAGGUUCGCCUCCGGGUGUACAAGGGUAACGUCCAUGUCCUUGGACGAUCGAGCGAGACCAGCGCCCUCUACUCCCAAGAGGAUGCCUCCAUGGACAGCUUGGACACAUUCUCUCCUAUGGACAGCACCGGCUUCAUUGCUAUCCAGUCUAUCCGAUUGGAGAAGUAUGGUGCCCAGAAGGCAAAGGAUGGCCAGCCUCUCAGCCAGUCCUAA